AGCCAGCAAUACUUAACCCCAGACGAAGAGAAAGCUGUCAUUAAAUUCUUAUUACUAAUGUCUAAUCUCGGGCAGCCAGUGCGCAUAAAGUUUAUACCUUCGCUAGCCUUUUGUGUCGCCCGCAACCGAUUAAAGAAUAAACCAAUCAAGCCUCCGGGCAAGAACUGGGCUCGGGGCUUUAAGAAACGCCAUCCAGAACUUAAAGCUAAAACUGUUAGAGCGAUUAACUGGAAACGACAUAGGAAUAACAUAUAUAAUAAGAUU